AUGUCUCUACAACGCCAGAUGUCGAAUAUUAUCCCACCACUCCCGAAAUUUGAAUCACUUCCAGAAGAGAUUCUGACAGCCAUUUUCCAAUACCUCGACGCCACAAGCCUUGGCAACAUCUCCAGUGUUCACGAGCGCUUCGAGCCGGUAGCCAACUCCCAUCUUCUUUGGCGUAAUUUGGUCCUUCGAGACUUUAAGUACUGGGACGCUCGCCAUGAGCUCGCAGCUCACAAGGCCGACCUUAACUUUCGUGACUGGAAAGAUCUCUAUAAUGUUCGACACACAGCAAAUACUGCUACGGAGCAUGCUAUCAGGCUUAUGGUUGACGACCCAGUUGGUCGACUUGCAUGUGCCGACAAGGUCCUAGAUCAUGGAUAUGGGAUUAAAGACGCACUAAUACACAUGUAUACCGAUGCACCUGAGGAAUGUGUUCUGGCACAAAGAUACUGGAGCCAUGCCAUGCUAGGAUGUGUCAAUCGAGCUUUGCCUCUCGAAACAUGGACCAGAAUCAAAUACCGCAGCGAUAUACAGAAUCCGACUGAAUUAGCGUUGGCAGCGCUAGAUAUGUUCAUGCUUGGUACCGAAGCUCAUGGCGAUAUCGAUGAUACGUUUCGACGCCUUGAUGAAAUGGCUGCGGCAGUUCGUCAAGAUUGCCCCGACAUUGAUCUGCAAACACCUCGGACAAAAGCUGUGGUCAUUGCCAAAUACCUCCGACAGAAGAAGUGGGUUGGCAUUGACGAGGGCCGGGACUACUAUAGUAUUGAACACCAGUUCCUCGGUCUAGCUACACGAAGUCCACAUCGAAGCAGUCUACCACUUGUCAGCUGUGUUAUCUAUAGCUAUGUGUGUCGCCAGUUUGGACUCAGAGCUCAACCGUGCAGCUUUCCGAUGCACGUUCACGCUGUCGUGCAGCCAGGCUUGCCAGCAGAUUCAGAAUCAACACCAGUCGACCUGGAUGGCCAACCAUUACCGCGAGAUUUACGUGAACGAUUGACCAGGAUGUACACUGAGUUGGGCGAGGACGAGGAGCCACCGCAUGAACUAACCCAUCUUUACAUCGACCCAUUUAACACCCACGAACCGAUCAGCCUUAACACACUCCAACAACAACUCAAUUUCAUAGAUCCUACCGCCUCCAACAGUCGCAAGGCCACCUACCUUAUGCCCGCCACUACCCGAUCCUUACUGUCACGUAGUGCGCACAAUCUAAUCCGAUCCAUCCGAUCGCCAGCCACAACACCAGGAGUCGACAUCUCAAUCUACGAUGCCGCCUACGCUGCUCUCUUCGUCCUAGUUCUCUUCGCGCACUCCGCCGAAGCCCUAAACGCCUCCCUCAAUGACCUCCGCUCACAUUUCGCGCUGCACUUCCCAGUAGACAUCCGCAACUACGAAACGUACGUCCUCCCAUUAACCGGUGGCAUCGGCGUCUUCGGCGGAUCCCGCGCCAUGCAAGAUCCUAUCGUCCGCGAUAUCCGUCGACAGGACUCUCAAAUGCCGAUUCCACAAUACAGAAAUGGUCUGGCACGAGCGAUCAACGGCUACGCCGCGGACGGACGACGCGGACAGCAAGAAGUAAAGUACCACAUCGGCACGGUCUUCAGACACAGAAGACAGGGCUAUGUAGCCGUCAUCUACGGCUGGGACACGAAGUGCGAAAUGGAGGAAGCUUGGAUCAUGGGUAAUGGUGUCGACCGCCUACCAGAGGGGAGGGCACAGCCCUUCCUUAACGCCUACGUCGAAGACAAAAGCCUCCGCUACGUCGCUCAAGAAAACGUCGUCCCCCUCGGCCCCGAAGAGUUCUCAGCAGAAGACGCAGAAAGGACAUUUGACGUGACGAUAGGGAAAUGGUUCCGCAGGUUUGAUCCAACUACAGCAAGAUUCAUCAGUAAUGUUAGGGCUGAGUACCCGGAGGAUUGA